UGGCUAGGGCCCCUAGCUUGGCUGGCGGUCCCGGCCGGCCGGCCUUAUAUGGCGCUAGAGGUUCCAGCGCUCCUGCCGCGCACAAGGGCGAGCCCGGGAGGCGUUAACUGCGCGUAAACAGGCGGCAUUCGUUGUGACGCUGACGGGGUGCAGCCGUCCAAAGGCUGCUUCCAGUGCUCGAAGGAUGGCUAGCGUCCAGCGAGGCCUCCGUUCUCUUGCUGUGCUCCUGUUUCUGCUGUUGUCGCUGUUCGCUUGCAGGCACGGUACCCUCGCGGAUGUAAACAAGUUCUUUAAUGUCUCAUCACUGUGCUCCCGAGAUCGACAUGCUCCGCUUUACAAGACUGUUGACGGUGCCGUGCUCACGUCUGAAAGCGACAAUAACCUGGAUUGCAUCAUCACCUUCCAGACACACUCCAUCUUGCAGCGUUUCAUGCUUCGCUUUGAAAGGCUGUCCUUGGGCUGCCGCGAUCACCUGGUCAUUUUUGAUGGUGCCCACACUAUAGGACUUAGCAAGGCAGAUCUGUCUUGUGGAAGCUCCCCCUCGGCUGUGGGGAACACCUCCACACUGGGAAACUACGUGACCCUCAGGUAUACCACAGACACUGAGAGUCCACAAGGAAGCGGCUUCAAUCUAAUCAUCACUGCGUACAAGAAUCGCCUAACAGAUCGUAUGCCCAACCUGAGGUGCCGGGACUUUCAGUGUAGCAACACCCUGUGCAUCUCAAGCAACUUGACAUGUGAUGGUGUCAACCACUGUGGAGACAACAGCGACGAGACAAGCCAUGCUUCUUGCGCAGACUAGCUAGCUUGCGGUUUUGAGGCAGAAUGCCUGACGCUUAUGUUUUGCGAGUGUAUCUGUUCAGCUGUCUACUUCCUGUUUGCAUUUCUCUCUCACCCGUCCCCCAGCGUAGGGUAGCAAAUCUGAUUUUCUUUUUUCCAGUGGACCUCCCGUUAUUUUCCCUUUCCUUCGUCUCUCACCCUCUCCAAGUGCGCCCAACAGUUUAAAGUUCUGUCAGUUCAACUGCAGGCUGGCGCUGGAAGUGAACGAGUCGCGUAAAUAUUUUCGAUGCGUGCACUAAAAAUGAGCGUCCUUUAGCAAUACAGUGUAAAUGCAUUGUUAAAGUGAGACCAGGACCCGUAUUUGCAGAAGUUCACUUAUGCAAGUGCGGUCCACGAUUGGCCGUGCGCCCUUGUGACUGUCUUACCGUUACGCUGACCGCUAUUAUACGCUGCAAUACCAGUGGCUGGUGCCCGAACGCUGACCGACGAUGAAAUGCUCGUGCGUAAGAGAAACUUUGUGAAUGGGGGCUCGGUGGGGCAUUUCUCAUGUUAGGCUGCUGUAUGAUUAUUUAGGACACGAAAACUGGUGAAUAUGAUUUCAAAUCGGGCCAAAUCAGGUUUCAAAUAAAAAUGUCGUUAGAGCAAAGCCAAA